GACCCUCUCUUUUGGGUCUUGGAUGAUCCAAACCCAAAACCCAGCGAGGCGCGUGUGGCAACAUUAAGGUCGUUCCACUCUCAUUUCUCACUCUCUCUCUUUGCUACCGUCACCGAACGCAGGGGUCUCUCUCCUUCAAAGCACAAGCAAGGUAUGGGAGCCAGAGGAGUUAUCACUGAUAAAUGGUCCAUGAGGGUUCUCUGGGCCUGUGCAAUUGGAAGUGCUAUAAGCCUGUAUUUUGUUGCUGCUGAAAGGCAAGCACAGAACAGGGAACGGAUGUUAGCUGAAAGUUUAAAGGCCAUGGAGGAAGAAUCACACAAUGCUGCAGAUGCUUGAUUGUUGAUAUUAUAGGCAUUAACUAUUUUAGAACUUUCAGAUUUCCCAAGCUCUCCUUUUUAACAUUUUGACCAUUGUAUGGAUUAUGUAAAAAGUUUUGUUUUCAGAAUCGAGAUCAGGGGGUUCCCCGUUGACCAGAAUUCAAUAACUGAUGAGGAUAAGAAUGUAUAAGAGGCUGUAGAGAUUGAUCUCUGCAGGGGAGUACAUGUUCAAUUAUGAGUCUUUCUCAUGUGAUGUUAUAUUU